AUGGAUUAUAUAAAGAAUUUGAUUAAUUUAUGUUUAAAAGAGAUCUUACGGCUAGAGAAUUUAACAUGGGACAUAAUGGAAGGAAUAAAUAUUGAUAAUGUAAGAUUUAACUCCAGUGGUAUAAAUGCAAAAUUUGAUGAACAUGAAAUACCAAUAAAAUUAGAAAGUGGAGGUAUAACUUCUAUGACGAUAACUUAUUCUCCAAUAGAAGGUAUUUGUAAGUUUAUAGUAAAAGAAAUGGUUAUGGAAAUUAAGCCCAAAGUCCUCUCAACUAUGGGAAAAAAAAUACAACAAGGUCUAGCUAGUAUUAUACUAGAUGAAGAUCCAGUAGAGUACAUUGAUUCAUCUUCUUAUAUCCGUGAUAUUCCAUUAUCUUUAUUAAGUGGUAUUAGGAGAUGUGAUUAUCAAAUUGUUUCACCAAACAUAAUACCUGAACCACCAAAGAUUGUAAAACCAGCUAUUAAGAUUAAAAUCCAUUCAAAAAGUCAAAGUCCACCAUCAUUUUAUCCACCGUUAUAUACAAGCAGUUUUUAUAUCCCGGAACAAUUUAAACAUCCAUAUAAAUAUUCAAAUACCUCAUACUCCACUAUAUUACCAAAUAAUUAUAAGGCAUAUGUUGAUUUAUCCAAUAUUUCCCUUAAAAGAGGUUGGGGAACAUCAAUUAUAUAA